AAUGACAGUCAUUUUAGUUUAAAAUAUUUCUUAAGAAAUACUACUAAUUUGAUGCAGUUUAACUAAUUUAUAAAUGGCGCGCUGUCACUUUAAGAGCGUCUACACAACUCUCAUAAUGAUCAGCUCCAUUCAAAUAUAAGCCAUUGGCUAGUCCACAAACUCCACAUUUAGCACAAUAUAAGCAAUAAUGAUGACGAUAUUAAGUUGGUAUAAACAGCUAGCUAGACCUUUUCUGUUUGCAAUUAAAAGUGAUAGCUAUCUGAGUGGAGUGUUUCAAUCGGCAUAGGCUACAGUGCUUCAUGUAAAGGCUUAGUUUAAGGGAAACAAAUUAUUGAAGACUUCAACACUCACCAGCCCCAUUACAAAACGGCAAAGACCACAUUAUAUUUUUGUCCAUUUUCCAUAUCACAGUGAAUGCAGCCAAAAUAUUAUAUGCCCUGGCUCCUUUUAUAAUGGUAUAGGCUACAGGGAACCGGCGACGUCCUCUUGAGUCUAUUUUCACCUGUUGCAGCAUGUCGGGAUCUGGGGGUGUCUAAAUGAGUUUCACAUUCCUGUGGCGGCUUGGGUGCUUGCUCAGAUUUGAGGUGGAAUUUUUCGCUGUCGACAACAUUUUUCUUCCCACGCAGAGUAUACAGCGUUAAUGUUUUGUUCGUAAUGUCUGAACUGCAAUUAAUUAAAUGCUCCAUGUUCGCGUUCUCUCCCUCUAUGUCUUGCACACGUGUUAUUUACAUCUAUGAUCACAGCUACGUCAUUGUCACAGUCUCAUUACUCUCAUUACUGUUUUUGCAAUUGUAAGGCCUUACUUUACUCGUUAUUUGAAAAAAGUAAUGGGAUUACAGUAACGCGUUACUGCCCAUUACUGGUUGGCAAGUUAUUUGUUCAAACUGCACAUGGUCUGCCUACUUUUCACCUGAACAUCAGAGGAAAGCCGGUGUGGGGAGAGUCUCCACUGAUCUGGGGUCAGUCUCUGUGCCUCCGUCUGGUGCUGUUCAAACCCACAAGACAAGUUGUAUCCUGAAUAAAUCAGCAGUCAUAGAAGAACUGGUUUGACAACUGGUCCCUGUCUCUGACUAACUUGCACCAGAGCAGGAUGUGAAGUUGAGUAACCGGUUGAUUCUCUGCCCUCCACGCGACACUUGAUUUCAUACGGGAAACUUUAAUUCUCUCCUCCUGGCUGACUCAACUACACUGCUGGUGAAACAGACGACAGAGGGGAAAGGAUUUUAUGUAAAGAAGACCAAAUGGAUUCUAAACUGGAAGAGGAUCUCUCCUGUGCUGUAUGCUGUGACAUCUUCAAGGAUCCUGUCAUUUUAACCUGUGCUCACAGUGUGUGUAAAGCCUGUCUACAACACUUCUGGGAGAGUAAAGGAUCCAGAGAAUGUCCGUUCUGCAGGAGAAAGUGCUCAAGACAACUCUAUCCACCUAACUUGGCUUUAAGGAACUUGUGUGAGACCUUUGUACAGGAGAGAAGUCAGAGAGCUUCAGCAGGGUCUGAGGUUCUCUGUAGUCUGCACUGUGAGAAAUUCAAGCUCUUCUGUCUGGAGGAUAAACAGCCUGUGUGUGUGGUGUGUAAGACGGCAAAGAAACAUAAAAAUCACACCUUCAGUCCCAUAGAUGAAGCAGCACAGGACCGUAGGGUGGGACUCAAGAUCAAACUACAGCCCUUACAGAAGAAACUGAAGACCUUUGAACAAAUUAAACUCAUCUGUGACCAAACUGCAGAACAUAUUAAGACUCAGGCCCAACACACAGAGAGGCAGAUCAAAGAGGAAUUUCAAAAGCUUCACCAUUUUCUACAAGAUGAAGAGGCAGCCAGGAUAGCUGCACUGAGGGAGGAAGAGGAGCAGAAGAGCCAGAAGAUGAAGGAGAAGGUUGAGAAGAUGAGCAGAGAGAUCUCAUCUCUUUCAGACUCAAUAAGAGCCAUUGAAAAGGAGAUGGGAGCUGAUAACAUCACAUUCCUGCAGAACUACAAGAACACAGUGGAAAGAGCUCAGUAUUCACUGCAUGUUCCAGAGGGGGAAUCAGGAGCUCUGAUCAAUGUGGUAAAGCACCUGGGCAACCUGAUGUUCAGAGUCUGGGAGAAGAUUCAUGAGAUUGUUCAAUACACUCCUGUGACUCUGGAUCCCAACACUGCACACCCACAUCUCAUCCUGUCUGAGGAUCUGACCAGUGUAAUACACAGUGAUGAGACACAGUGGCUUCCUGGUAACCCAGAGAGGUUUGAUAGGUUUGUCAGUGUCCUGGCCUCUGAGGGCUUUAAUUCAGGGACUCACUGCUGGGAUGUGGAGGUUGGCGAGAACACACUGUGGGAUGUGGGUGUGAUGACAGAGUCUCUCCAGAGGAAAGGAGAGAUUUACUCCGGAAGUGGACUGUGGAGUGUGUGGUAUGAUGGUGCUGGAUAUGGAGCAUGUACUUCUCCUCAUGACUCCACUUCCCUCACAGUGAAGCAGAAACUCCAGAGGAUCAGAGUGCAGCUGGACUGGGACAGACGAAAGCUGUCAUUCUCUGACCCUGAUAAUAACACGCACAUACACACUUUUACACACAUUUUCACUGAGAGAAUGUUUCCAUACUUUUGGACUAAGUCAUCAUUCUCUCCUCUUAGGAUGCUGCCAGUAAAGUAUUGCAUUACCAUGAAGCAUAGUUAGAUUUUACCUGUGUCUUAUUAUGGAUGAUAUACUAUGGAUGAUAUACUUUGAUUGACAAUUAUGAUUCAUUUACAUUAUAUAUAUUGACUGAAUUUCCAACCAUUUAUGGAUGUAAUAUGCUCAUAAUGCACAGCACCCUCCAAAUGUAUUAGCACCCCUUAAUGAGUAAAAAAAGGAAUUUAAAAAUCUUCUUUUAGUGUUUUAUUAUUUUCACAAUGACAAUAAAGAGGAAAAAUCUAUUAAUAAAAGACAACACAUUUA